AUGAAGGAGAUGGUGGGCGGCUGCUGCGUCUGUUCUGAUGAACGCGGCUGGGCAGAAAACCCUCUGGUCUACUGUGAUGGGCAUGGCUGUAACGUGGCGGUGCAUCAAGCAUGCUAUGGAAUUGUUCAGGUUCCCACCGGACCGUGGUUCUGUCGAAAAUGUGAAUCGCAAGAAAGAGCCGCCAGGGUGAGGUGUGAGCUGUGUCCUCAUAAAGAUGGAGCACUGAAACGGACUGAUAGUGGAGGCUGGGCCCAUGUUGUCUGUGCUCUGUAUAUCCCUGAGGUGCAGUUUGCGAAUGUUCUCACUAUGGAGCCUAUUGUCCUCCAGUAUGUGCCCCAUGACCGCUUCAACAAGACUUGUUACAUCUGUGAAGAACAGGGCAGGGAGAGCAAAGCAGCUUCUGGAGCCUGCAUGACUUGCAAUCGUCAUGGUUGUCGGCAAGCCUUCCAUGUUACCUGUGCUCAAAUGGCUGGACUUUUGUGUGAAGAAGAAGUCUUGGAAGUUGAUAAUGUGAAAUACUGUGGCUACUGCAAGUACCAUUUCAAUAAAAUGAAGACCUCACGCCAUUUUGGAGGUGGUUCUUUUAUUGGAGGAAGGAGGAGUCAGUCAGCAUCACCUACGCAAGAGAAGCACGUGUCUCAUCAUGAAAAACCAAAGAAGAGUCGAAAAGACAAAGAAAGGCCUAAACAGAAGCACAAGAAGCAUUCAGAAUCACCCACAAAUCUCACACUGUCUUCCACACCCAUAGUCACUGAGAAGCAGAGUUCCACCAGCCACCAUGAGAGCAGUAAAGAACCCUCAGAGGUCAUCAGAUCGGAGGUGAAAGGCAAAAGAUCUUCAAGCCACGGCACAAGCCACAAAACCAAGAAGUCUGGAAGUGGGAAAAGCUCAAUAGGUUUUGGCUCAUCCUCAUCCGGUGUAACAUUUCCACCAGCAGGUACGUCAUGCAGCUCCUUGCCCUUCUCCCAGGACUUUGUAACCUUUCCGAAGCUUGAGCAGCAGCAGCCUGAGGAAGAGAAAUACCACAAACCCCUCUCUUCAUCCUCGUCUUCCUCCCACUGCUCUCCACUGUCAGAAGGGCAGAAAAGUGAUGUCUUUGAGCAGAAGGUGAUCUUUUCAGGUUUUGGCUCCAUCAUGCGUUUCUCUACCUCGGCUGUGAGUCAGCAGAGGGGACGGGAUGCUUCCCCUGUGGACUACAAGACCUCCAACUCGGUUGCUGGCACCCCAAGUGGGAGUGGUGGAGUCAGCAGUGGCAGCAGCCACAAGCGCAUGCCAUCUCUUAGUGGGGAAGAAGUAGAAGUCCUGAAAGAAAAAAAGCACAAGGCCAAUAAGAAAAGCAAGCAUGGACCAGGAAGGCCCAAGGGUAGCAAGAACAAAGAAGUGCCAGGUACACAACUGAUUGGGACUCCAGCUGUCUCUUCUUUGCCUUUCUCUGGGGGAUCCCUGGCCAGCUCCAGCAUCAGUGGCUCUUCACGUUCAUUCAGUCAUGGAUCCACCCUUCCAAGCCUCAGCCUAGAAUCACCACUUCUGGGAUCGGGGAUCUAUACCAGUAACAAGGAUCCCAUUUCUCAUGGGGGCGGGAUGCUGAGGACCGUGUGCAGCACUCCCCUCUCCUCUAAUCUUCUGGCUCACCAAGGCACCUCAUCACUCCCCCAGCUCACCCGCUCACCUUUUGCUGGCACCAUCCCAUCUUCCUCCUCUUCCUCCGUCUCUACUACCCAGGUCUUCUCACUGGCAGGAUCCACGUUUAGCCUCCCUUCCUCACACAUUUUUGGAAGUCCCCUCACCUCUGGACUAUCAUUAAAUCCUUUGCUCAACCAAUCUGAAAACAACAGAACAGAACCAGAUUUGGAAGACUGCAAUUUUGCCUGCCGAGGGUCAUCACCCCAAGAAAGUCUUUCUUCCAUGUCUCCCAUCAGCAGCCUCCCCACUCUCUUUGACCAGACUGUAUCAACUAGCAGUGGACAGCUGGAAAAUGUCCCCCAGGCCACACCAAACAUUGAGCAGCUCCUGGAGAAACAGGGCAAUGGAGAAGCUGGUGUCAAUAUCGUAGAGAUGCUCAAGGCACUUCAUUCACUACAGAAAGAAAACCAGCGCCUUCAGGAGCAGAUUAUGACUUUGGCAGCUAAAAAGGAGCGCCUGCAGCUUCUAAACGUUCAGCUCUCUGUUCCCUUCCAAGUGGUGACCACCAGCAAUGGCCCCUCAAGCCAGACCCAAUACAUCCUAGCUCCUAACACCUGCAACAGUGAUUCACUGAGUAUCAGCAAGAGCUCUCCAUGCAAGAAUAGUUUUGGUAUCGAGAAUACACUGUCCACUUCCUCUGAGGACCUUCAUUCAGGAUGCCCAAGCAGAAGCAGCUCUUCUCUGUCCUUCCACAGCACACCUCCACCUCUCCCCUUGCUGCAGCAAAGCCCUGCCCCACUUCCUCUAACUACUGUGGUCCAACAGCAGCCACCACCACCACCAAUGAAUGGCCUGAGCAGAGCCAUGGGGACUGUUCAUGGGGGAAGUGCCACAGCUACUCACAGCCUUGUGGAUGGUCUCCUUGGCAGUCUGGCAGGAGGACAACAGAUCCCCAUCAAUGGCAUCCUAGGAAGUUUAAAUGGCACUUUGGCCACCCAGACCCAGAAUCCAAUACUGGCACAAACCAGUGGUCCACCCAGUCUGCAGCUGUCCAUGAGCCAAAGCAGUAUGCCUAGUGUGACUCACUUUUCAGAGCAGCAGCGCCAGCUGCUCAGCCAGCCUGAGCUUCAACUGCAGCAACUGCAGCAGCUCUUAACAUCGCAGCCACUCAACUCGGAGCAGCAGACAUUGAUAUUCCAGAUGAUUCAGCAAAUUCAGCACAAACGAGAAUUGCAGCGGCUCCAGAUGACUGGUUCCUCAAUGACUGGCCUUGGCCCAGUGACCACCACAUCCCUUCUCCACUCCAGCAAUAAUGCACCAUCAGCUGCCAACAGUACUCUCCUGGCCUCCAUCUCCCCUCAACAGCUUAAUACUGCCAGCUCAUUGAUGGCUUCCCCACCGCUCAGUGCCCCUGGGAACAGCCUGAUGUCAGCAACAGGAGCUGUUAUUCCACCUGUCCUUACAGCCCAAACAAACCCUUUCCUCAACCUGCAGGGUGACGGCAGCAGCCAGAAAGGAAUGAGCAUAAAUGAAAAGGGAAGUGCCUCAGUGCAAGACAAAGGCUAA